AUGCCGCCCGUGGCCUACACCUCUGCCGUCGCGCCACACGAAGCAGCAGCAGUCCACCACCGCAAAGCGCCGUCAGCUUAUAGCAGCUACUCUGCCCAGCCGUCAACGCACGCCGCCGCUGCCCGCGCGCACCUCCCGCACCACUCGCACGCGCACGGCCCGGCCAUGAGCGCCAACGAGCGCGCCGCGCAGGCCGCGCUAGACGACCUUACCCGCCGCGUCCGCGAGCAGUCUGACAAGUUCCAGAAGGCGCUCACGCCCGCCGCGAACGCCGCGAAGGCGUUCGCAGAGUCCAACCCCGUCGUCUUUACCUUCCUCGCCAUCUUCACGACGUUAUCCGCCAUCCCCGUGCUGUGCUUUGUCGGGUUCGUCGUCGCGUCGACAGUCUUCCUCACCGCGGCCGCGGGGCUCAUCCUUGUCUUCCUCAUCCUCGGCGCCAUCUUCCUCGGCGCGGCGUUCGUCCUCCCAGUGAUCAUCUUCACAGGCAUCGUAUCCUUCGUCGCCCUGUCCAUCCUCCUCGCCCUCUUCCUCGCGCACAGGCUCUACCUCCACCUGGUCGACUCGACAGCCGACGCCGUCAACCUCGGCACCGUGGCGGCCGGCUUCCGUACCUGGACAGACGAGACGUUUGCGCGCGUCGGGCUGGGGUCGUACGCCCACCGCCCGGCCGCGUUCGAGGACUACAAGGCCGUCGUCGCCCCGGUGCGCCCCGUGUCGGCGGCGUACGAGAAGCGCGGGGAGAGCGAUACCGCCAAGCGCACGAGCUACGACGCCAAGAAGGAGGCCGCGAUCAGUAACGCGUACAAGGCGCUCUCGGGCGAGUACAAGCCCCCCGCGGACGAUGAGACACAGCCGCUGGUCCCGGCGCACCAUGACGCCAGUGAAGACUUCAAGCUCGUCCCCGUCCAUGUUGACCGCCCAUCCAGCCGCCUCUCGUCUGGCGGCUCGUCACCGUCCCUGUAUGUCAAAGCCGAGCCGGCGCACCAGGCCGACUUGUUUGACACGACGCCGCUCGUCAACAACGACUCCAAGUUUGACGACAGCGCGUCGGAUUGGACAUCGGAGAGCGUCCACAGCGUGCCCCGGUAA